GCUACCUCCGUUGCAUCGAAACUCGGUGAGUACCUGAUUGCUCCCAUUGGACGCCGAUUUGAGCACGUGCUGUUCUAGAAGAGCUACGUCAAAGAUCUCAAGGAAGGAGUCAAGGAUCUGAAGAAUGCAAGGGAAAGGGUGCAAAGCUCCGUUGAUAAAGCCACGUAUGAUGGGAAACCUAUAUACCCUGAUGUUAAGGAUUGGCUGCACAAUGUGAAGAAGGAGACUGAGGAAGCAGAAAACCUAUUAAGAGAUGGUGAAAGUGCAAAAGAUGCUUGCUUUUGUGGGUGGCUUCCCAACCCGGUGGUGCGCCAUCCAAUUGGCGGGAAGGUGAAGAAGAUGAAUCAAGUCAUUCAGAAGCUCCACGAAAAAAGUAACUUCACGGAGAUCCACUACGAGAAUCCUCCUAUAGGAAUUGUCGCUGCUACCACUCCCACUGCAGGAGAUGUUGACAGCAAAGAAGAUGUCCUAGAGUCCAGGGCCAAAAUCAUGGAGGAUGUAAUGAAGGCUGUAGCCGACGACAAGGUCAGCGUGGUUGGGGUGUGGGGUGCAGGUGGGGUUGGCAAGUCCAAGCUUUUGGAGGACAUUGAAAGGAAAAUUAAGGAGCAGAAGCUGUUCGAUGUGGUCACCACGGCACAAGUAUCACGCAAUCCAGAUCUGAAAAGAAUCCAGGGAGAAAUCGCUUAUGCAUUGGGUCUCAAGCUAACGAAUGAAGAACCUACUCGUGUGAGAGCAGAUCGUUUGUGCACGAGGUUGAAGAAUGAUUCCGAGAAAAAGAUUCUCAUAAUUCUAGAUAAUCUGUGGAAGAAGCUAGAGUUGAAGGAGGUUGGAAUCCCUUUCGGAGAUGAUAAUAAAGUAAGAGGCUGCAAGCUAUUGCUAACCUCUAGAAACCUAGAAGUUUUGCGCUCGGACAUGGGCUCCGACCGACAUUUCCAACUCAAUGAGUUAAAGGAUAGAGAAGCCCGAAUACUUUUUGAAAGAACAAUUGGGGACAGAGUUAACGAUCCUAAGGUUAAACCCUUGGUAGACGGAGUGGUCCAGAAAUGUGGAGGCUUGCCUCUUUUGAUUCUCUCGGUGGCAAAAAGGCUGAAGGAUGGAGAUUUGGCUGAAUGGAGGAAUGCUUUGACCAAAAUAGAAGGGUCGGAUGUAGAAUCAAUAGUGGAACAAAAUUACAAUGACUUAAAAGAUGAUAGGAUGAGAUCAUUGUUCUUGGUCUGUGCUCUAUCCUCUGGGAGAAUCCGUACAGGGAAUAUCCUUUUCUACGGCAUGGGUUUGGGUUUAUUUAAAACAUUCGCCAAGACAAUCGAAAGCAUUAAAGAUAGGUUCAAAGAGGAUCUACAUAUCCUGCAGCGCUCUUCUUUGUUACUGGAUAGUGAUGUCACGGAAGAGAUACAAAUGCACGACAUAUUCGUUGACGUGGCCAUCUCUAUUGCUUCCAAGGAAUGGAAUGCCUUGGUUGCAAAGAAGAACUGUGGGUUUAAAGAAUGGACAAAGGACGAGCUUAAAAAAUGCACUGCAAUGUCCUUCCCUUGGGUUGGCAUUGAUGAGCUUCCUGAAGAAGUGGACUGCCCGAACUUGAAGAUGCUUCUGUUACUCGAAGACAACCCGUCUCUCAAAAUUCCGGAGUUAUUUUUCCAAUCUAUGGAGAAGCUCCAAGUCUUGGAAUUGGUUGGCUUAUCUUUCAGCUCUCUCCCUUCGUCGAUUGAGUUCCUUGAAAACCUCAAGUCACUAUGUCUUGAUAACUGCCAUCUAGGGGAUGUAACUCUUCUUGGAAAGCUCAAAGGAUUGCAAUGCCUAAGUUUCAGUGACUCUUCAAUCACUCAGCUGCCCAAAGAAAUAGGUGGACUGACCGAAUUGAGAAUUCUAAGCUUGGUAGGGUGCUCCAACCUCAAAGUCAUCGGACCUGGUGUGCUCGGAAGCUUGGUUAGAUUAGAAGAGCUGCGUAUGGAAAAUAGCUUUGAUCAGUGGGAGGAUGAGGAUCAAGAACCACGAAGCAACGCCAGCCUAGCUGAGUUGAAGAACAUGAAAAACUUGAGCACCUUAUCCAUUUCUAUUCCUCGUUCUGUCAAUCUCUCAGGAGACUUGCCAUUUGGGAAUCUGAAUGAAUAUAUUAUCCAGAUUGGGGACGUUUGGGAUUGGUCAGAUGAAGUCCUGGAAGACAGAAAUUUAAAGCUCAAGCCAGAUUCAGGCAAGCUUCUUGAUGAAGAGUGGGUGCAGAGAUGUUUGCGGAUGACGCAAGAUCUCCACUUGGAUGGUUUGCAGGAUGGCCACAAUAGCAUUCAUAGUUUGUGCGAGGAAGGUUUUCAGGAGUUGCUGCAGCUUCAUGUACGAAAUAGUCCCUCCCUUCAAUAUAUUGUCCACUCCACAGAGUAUGAUCAGUGCAAGGCAUUUACGAAAUUGGAAAAGUUGUUUCUUGAGAAUCUAAACAAUUUGGAGAAGAUUUGUCAUGGUUGCCUUGCCCCAGAAUCCUUCAGCAAAUUAAAGAUUGUGAAAGUGAAAAAUUGCCAUGAAAUCAAACAUUUGUUUCCUUCGCCCAUGAUGAGAAUAUUGUUGCAGCUAGAAGAAAUUGAAAUAACCACAUGCCACUUGAUGCAACAACUUGUCGGGAAUGCUGAGGCAGAUGAAUACAUAAAUGAAAUAGAUGAAGAUGCCAAUACGAAGUCUUGCAAGUUACGUAGGCUGAUGUUACAAAACUUGCCAGAGAUGACGAGCCUCUGUAAAACCAGGGACCACUCAGUGGCAUUCUUCAAUGAGCAACAGGUUUCGUUGCCCUGGUUGGAGUCCAUGACACUGUCUCAUCUUCCCAAAUUGGAAGAUAUAUGGAACUCGCAAUUUCCUUCAGAUGUGACCAACCUAAAAUUUCUGAAGGUAGAGGAUUGCGCGUUCCUCUUGAGCAUCUUCCCAUCAAAUUUGGUUAUAAAGCUACAGAAUUUGGAAGCUAUAGCCAUUGAAAGGUGUCACUCAAUACGGGAAGUAUUCAACCUUGAAGGACAGACAGCCAAUGAGGAUGUUGAGGUUCUAUCGCGAUUAACCAUAUUAACCUUGAGUGACUUACCAAGGUUGGGACACAUAUGGAGCAAGAAUCCAAGAAUAGGCUUGUGUUUCCGAAACUUAAGGGCACCGAAGGUGCAGAACUGUGAGAACUUGAGGUUUCUUUUUUCUUCUUCCACGGCCAAAACGCUCCAUCAAAUAAAAGAAAUAGAAAUAGCGAGUUGUAAACUAUUGGAGGAAAUUAUAGAUGCGGAAGAAGAAGAAUCAAAGGAAGCUGCAUCCAUCGACACUUUACAGUUCCCUAUGUUAACCUCUUUAACUCUCGAAGAAUUGCCAAAUCUCAGGACAUUCGCUUAUGGGAUGUACCGUAUUCAUUGUCCAACCUUAACAAGACCGAGGAUAUCUGGAUGCCCCAAAAUGAUGACAUUCUCUUCCUUUGAAGAAAAGAAACAAUCGACAAGAGCUGAUACAGAUUUACAACAAGGGGUUGGUGGUGUCAACUCUAGCUUGUCCUUGCCUAUACUCUUCGAUCAAAAUGUUCUUUUUCCAAGCUUGGAGGAGUUGACCCUCGUGUCGAUGUUUGGGUUGAUGAAGAUAUGGCACAAUGAACUUUCUGAAGAAUCGUUCCGCAAACUGGCUUCCAUCACCAUCCAAGAUUGUGAAAAUUUGUCUCAUAUUUUUCCAUCAGCUUCAAUAGACAGGUUCCAGAGCCUGAAAAUGAUUGAGGUGGUCAAGUGUGCCUCUUUGGAAGCAUUAAUAAAGCAUAUUGAUGUCAAUACUAAUGAAAGGCAAAGACGUUUGGUCUUCUCGGACUUUAAAGAAAUGAAGUUGUGGGACCUGCCGAGGCUGAAUGCGUUCGUGACAAGCAGCACCAAAGCAACAUUAAGUCUUCCUAGUCUGACUAAUGUUAGCUUGCGCAAUUGCCACAGUUUGAGAUGUCUAUUCACCAAUGACACAUCUAGGACUCUUGAUAAACUUGAGAUGCUAGAUGUUUUUGGUUGCAAUAACAUGCAGGACGUAGUCCCCAAGCAAGAAAGUGGAAAGCGAAAGUUGAAGGCAGUGAAGUUCUCUCAUUUACAUACAUUGAAGCUUUCUUACCUUAAGAGACUGGUUAGUUUCAGCUCAGGAAGUUGUCCAUAUGAGUUUCCCUCCCUUAGAAAGCUCACGAUUUUGGAGUGCACUGAACUCAAGGCAUUCAUAUUGAGGCAGCCAGCGACAAACGCCGGUUUCGAUGAAAGUCCACAUUCUUUAUUUGACGAGAAGGUUGUAUUUCCCAAAUUAGAAGAGCUACGUUUAACGGGAAUUCAAUCAAGAGGACUUUGGGAGAAUGAGAUGCCUGAUGAGUCCAUUUGCCACCUAAAGGUCCUUGAGGUGAAGCAGUUUCCCAACCUAUUGAAUGUCAUUCCUUCAUUCAUGGGGAAGAGGCUGCUCCGUAGUGUGGAGUACUUGACAGUUGAGGAGUGCCCAUGUGUAAGAAACCUUUUUACAAUGUCUAUGGCAAAAAGUCUGGUACAACUCCAGUAUCUUGUUCUAGGUGGUUGUGGAGAGAUAGAGUACAUUGUUGCCAGAGAAGAGGAGAGACUUGAAGAAGUAGCUGACAUAAUUGCAAUUCCUCAACUUGUCACUCUUUAUCUUCACAACAUGCCAAAACUCAAAAGUUUCUGCAAUGGGAAGAGUAUAUCAGAAUGGCCCUCAUUGAAAUGGUUCACCGUUGAAGAUUGUAAAGCUGUGGAGGUGAUCCUAGGAGAUGCCAGUUGCAAUCAACUAGAGGGCAGCGUUCCAACAAAACAACCGCUUUUGUUGGUCGACCAGGUUGAGUUUCCUAAUAUGGAGUUGAUGAAGAUCUCGCACAUGAAUAACGUGGAGAAGAUAUGGGUUGAUGAGCUUGCAUUAAAUGCCUUUAGCAAACUCAAGAUGCUAAUAGUGGAGUACUGUGAGAAACUUUCAUCCAUAUUUUCAUCCGAGUCUAUCCUCGCAAGAUUUCAAAACCUAGAGAAGUUAGUCGUGACCUAUUGUGGUUCCUUGGAAGUGGCAUUUCAAGUCCAAGAACUCAGUUUUAGCCAAGCUCAUUCCACAAGCACUUUUCAAAUGAGAGAAAUAGUUUUGAUACGACUUCCAAAUAUGAAGCAAAUGUGGAGUGGACUUCCUCGACCAGCUCUUACCUUUGGGCAAUUACGAACUUUGAAGGCUGUAGGGUGUGAGAGUCUCAAAAGUUUAUUCCCAAGUUCGGUGGCGAAAAAUAUGACACAGCUUGAAAAUCUUGAAGUGACGGAUUGUGGGGUGGAGGAAAUUAUAGCAGAGGAAGACGGAGGAGCAGGGACUAGUGCGGAAGAUCUCUUCUUUCCUCGAUUGACCUACCUGUGGUUAUUUGACUUGCCAAAACUGAGGAGCUUCCACAGGAAUAGUCAUACUUCAACUUGGCCGCUCUUGAAGAAUUUGCAGCUGAAACACUGUGGCCAAAUGAGGUCAUUCGCAUUCGCCAGUGAAAUCCAAAGCUGGCAAGGUACGACUAUCAAUCAGACCCGAGCUCCGCUCUUUUGCGUAGAAAAGGUUAUUCCACAAUUGGAGCAGUUGCCGUUAGCGAGGGAGGAUGUCGAGAUGAUGCAGCAUUACAUCUUUGGCAAUCUUAAGGAGCUGGCUUUGAUCUGCCACCAUGAUGCAAAUGUUGCUUUUCCCACCAACUUCCUUCUCCAGAGAUUCCCCAAUCUAGAAACGCUUAUUGUGCACUGUAGUUCCUUUGAGGAGAUAUUUCCAGAAGAUGCGUUUGGGCAUAGGGGAGCCACUCCCAGUGGAGGACUAUCUGACAUUGAAAAGCCUCUCAAGGCAAUUGGAAAUCUGAAGCGACUUGAGCUGAGAACCCUAUGGAACCUGAAGCAAGUCUGGAAAGAUGGCUCAUUGCUAGCUGAAAUCCUCCAACAGAUUGAAUAUCUGCAUAUUGGAUACUGCCCAAGUAUAUCCAUCGUAUUUCCAUCUCCAACUUCGUUGCAGAGCUUGACAGGAUUGCAAGUAGAGAAUUGCAAUGGCCUAGUUCAUAUGGGGACUUGCUCCGCAAUGACAAGUCUGGUGCACCUUAAGAGCCUAGCCCUAGGAAAUUGUCCUGCAAUGGAAGAUGUGGUAACAGAUGAUGGAAAGGGAGUAAAGGAGAUCUCUUUCCCCAAGCUGCAAUGGUUGAAACUUGAUGAUUUACCAAGCCUUGAGAGCUUCUCUGCCACAAAUUCCACCUUCAUGUUUCCAUCAUUGAUGAGUAUUCUUGUGACAAGAUGCCCCAAGAUGAAUAUAUUCUGCAAGGGUGCCUUGAGGACACCAGUACUAGACAAAGUAUUCUUCUCCUACCAAGAUAGUGAAGGGCAUUGGGAGGUUACAAAUCUAACAAUUGAUGGGAGAAGUUCUGUAGAACUCUUAAAUCUUAUUGGGAAAAGUGAUCCAAUGGUAGUUGUGUACUUGAGGAGAAGAGAUUGGAUGCUUAAGGAACUUGAGAGGAUCAGAAGUCAUAUUGGAUUGAAAAGGAGAAAACAUGGGAUGCUUCAGGAGCUUGGGAGGAUCAGAGUUACAUUGGAUAGGUUACUGUUCAGCGUUUGGUUAUGGAAUGAAAAGAACUUACAUGCUCCUCUCCGCCACCACCAGCUCCUCCUGUGGCCGGCAACCUCGUUCAGAUCUGAGAAGUUCACAAAGUUGCCUGCACUUCAACGCCUUCAUCCUCGUAAAGCUCCUGAUCUUCUCACUUUCGCCAGGACCCUCUUUUCCGCCGUCUCUUUCGUGAAUCUCCGCCGGCUCUCUGGUCUUUGUGCUCUUCCGAGAUCUGGGUACUCGCCACUGCAAGAGGAGCUGAUGGCAGAGGAGAGCGAGGAAGAAGAACAGUAG